AUGCCAAUGGAUUUGAUGGCUCCACAGGUCAUCGCGGCUUCUGGACCCAUUGUUAUCGAUACGUUUAUCAAACACUAUCUCACCACGACGAAGAAGAAGGAAGUCAAGGAUGGUCAGGACUCUGCUCGUGUGGACCUCAUGUACGAUGAGGCGUUCACCAUCAUGAAGUUCGGCCUCACUCGCACACCCGCACCGCCAUGGGUAGCAGUCCACCGCCUCCGCAUCCCACAGCACUCCCUCAAGCAGUCUGCGGACCACCUCGUCAAGGCAUUCGGCGGGGAGGAGAUGGCGUACAAAGUGGCCGGUGGUACAAAGUGGUGGCGAGCACGCGCAAGUGCUGGUGUCGAGGCUGAGUGGAUCUGCAUGAAGAGAGAUUAUAGGCUAUACGUCAACGAGGAGAAGGCUUGGCAGAAGAAGAGCGACACGGAACCCGAGGCGGUCGACACUGGAUUCUUGCCCGAGAUGGACCGUUUGCGGUGUAUGCUGUACAUUCAUGGCGGAGCUUACUACUGGGGAUCGAUCAAUACCCACAGAUAUACAAUCUGGCGGUAUGCUCGGAAAAUGAAGGGCCGUUGCUUUGCCGUCAACUAUCGAAAGGCACCCCAGUAUCCCUUCCCCUGUGCCAUACAAGACUGCCUCGCUGCGUAUCUUUACCUCGUCAACCCACCACCAGGCGCACCGCACCGACCAGUGGAUCCCAAAAGCAUCAUUAUCGCUGGCGACUCGGCAGGAGGCGGUCUCGUCUGGGCCCUGCUUCAGAUUCUUCGGGACACGCCUGGUCUCGAGCUUCCAGCUGGUGCUGUCCUAAUCAGUCCUUGGUCUGAUCUCACCCACAGUUUCCCAAGUAUUACUCAGAACACGGCCACCGACGUUGUCCCGCCGUACAGUUUCAUCCAUAAACCAUCGUCACUCUGGCCCCCACCACCGCCCGCUCUGACCGAAGAGGUCCAGUCGCGGCUCUCAUUCAGAGUGAGGGAAGCGGCUGAGAAACUCAAGGUCAAGCACCAUGACACCAAGAUGGACGAAUCCUCAAUGCUCGGCCCCGAUCUUUUCUCGCCUCUCGUCCCCCAGUCCUCUCAUCAGGCCUCGAUCCACACGUCGGAUCCAGAGGCUGCCGGCAAGCUCAAGGAGCUGUUCAACAAGCGCCGUGCGGGACAACUGCCAGAUGCCGACGGCCCCCAGGCUGUUGUUAACCCCGCCGACUCGUUCCGUACGCUCAAGACCAAGUCGAACGACGGAAGCAUCGCGGGACGGGCAGCUACUACGUUAGCUCAGAGUCCAGACCCCAUGAACAUCACGGUGCUCGGUGAGAAGGUCACAAUCGACACGCAGAUCCAGCUGUACGCCACCAACGGCCAGCUGUGCCACCCUUGGGUCUCUCCCGCCCUCGGCUACCUCGGUGGUCUCUGCCCUCUCUACAUUCUUGCCGGAAAUGACGAGGUCCUUCGCGACGAGAUUAUUUACGCCGCGCACAAAGCCGCGGAUCCUGAAAAGUACCCAGUUCGCGACGAUGUCAAGAACCUCCUUCCUUCGCUCCAUGGCAUUGAGGAAAAGCACGGGCCCACCGAUGUGCAUCUCCAAGUCUAUGACGGCGCCGGUCAUGACCUUCCUCUCUUUUCGAUGACCCGCCCAUCCCGUGGCGCCUUCCGUGCUAUUGCUGCGUUCUGCCGCUACGUCACUCCCCACAGCCCCGGCUCGCUUCUCGCCGACGCAGAGACACAGUCCUCAAUAGGAACUCCGCCUGUGGGCACUCCACCCACUAUCACGAGCGAACCGCUCGUCGAGUCGCCGCCGUUGACUCGCACCAGCACCCUUGUCGCGCCUGAGCGACAGCCGGGUUCCGCUCAGCCUUCUGCUGAAUCUGAGCUGCUAACCAUCAACACUGCUAAACUCGAUAACCGUCUCCAGAACCUAAAGCUGGAAGGACUAGACAACGUACCCGCCUCUGAGACGGACGCGUCGCCUACCGAUAUGGUGUGGUCUCAAGCUGAGAUAAUGGCCUCACCAGUCCAGAUGACGCCAACUUCUCCAAUCGCCGGCAUCCAACCCGGCCAAACACAGUACAAGCGGCAAGGGACAAUGUCGAGCUUUACAUCCAAAUGGAAGCGUGGUGGUCCCACAGCUCGUUCGGCCCAGUCCACCGUGCUUGCGUCUCAGCGUCCCCAGCCUGACCGUGAGGCCACUGUCAAGAGUGGGGCUAGCGACGCACCGGAGAGCAAGUCAAAGCCCGGCGAAGCGGGAUACAUUGGCAUCUAUACCGGACCUACCCCCUUCACCGACCACAUGAUUCGUGAACGCGUCGACUUCAACGGCAUCUGCCGUCCACUCGAACCCGUGUCUGAGCUGGGCGCUUUCAAGAUGCCUGCCGAGGAGAUUGGCAUGAUUAAGGAGGGACCUGCCAUGCGGUACAUUGAAGGCCAGGCCAUUUGGGACCACAAGUUCCGCCGCACGCGCCGGACUAUCGAACGUCACCGCAAACACAACCUCAAGCAAGCGGUGCAACAUGACCCCCAGCAUCUCAUGCGCAAAUGGGAAGAUGUGGUCUCCAAGGCCAAGGCUAAACGAAUUGAACGUGAAAAGGCAGGGACUGAAGCUACCAGCGGUACUGGGACCGCGCGCUCGAGUAUAGACCCCGAUCUGGGAGACAAGACUGCCUCCGCCAGCGGUGCAGGCACCCCCGACUGGACCUCUGAGGAGGACUGGGCCGACGACUCGAACGACUCGUCGUUUGCGUGGCAAUGGGCCCUGGAUGGUGAAGCACCCCCUCCCAGUGCGAUUGUCAGCAGGCGAGACCUGCCAGAAGGACGUCAACUGGCCCUCCUUGCUGAGCCUACGAACGGCAGCGCGGCCCCCGCCCUCAGCCUCGGGGUCCUCCUCGCAACCUUUCUCGGCAACUCGUCCGCAGACCGUGAUCGCGCCGCCGUUGCCGUCAAGGAGGCCAAAGAACUUCGCGACGAGCAAGAGAAGGAAAAGCAGGCCAAGCAGGCCAAGUGGUCAGCCACGUUGUCCUCGACCUUUAGGAGCAGUCCAAGUAAGCCGCGCAAGCAGCGCUCGGGGACGACCAUGAAGUCCAAGCUGGGCAUCGUACUGGGGAUGAAGAGUAAGACCAACGCCGCGCCCUCUCCCAUUGCGGAGGUUGGACACGAGUCUCAGCGACAGGAGACCAUCAAGGCCGCUCCUCAUCAUCAGGAGACGACCGCCCAGCUUGAGCCAGAGGUUGCCGCGGUCUCUGGUGUCUCCGCUGUCACAGAGGGGGCAAAGUAG